GCUAUCUCAGCUUAAUCCAACCUAGCCCAGCCCGGACUGGCUCGGCUCGGCCUGGCCCGGCCGAAGCUGAAGAUGAAAAAAUAUAAAGCAGUUGGCAAAAUAGGAGAGGGAACAUUUUCUGAAGUUAUAAAGAUGCAGAACAUAAAAGAUGGAAAUUAUUACGCAUGUAAGCAGAUGAAACAGCAUUUUGAAAGCAUUGAGCAAGUGAACAAUCUACGAGAAAUACAAGCAUUGAGGCGGCUGAAUCCACACCCAAAUAUUCUUACAUUGCAUGAAGUUGUCUUUGACAGAAAAACUGGUUCUCUUGCACUAAUAUGUGAACUUAUGGACAUGAAUAUUUAUGAGCUAAUACGAGGGAGAAGGCGUCCACUGUCAGAAAAGAAAAUAAUGAACUAUAUGUACCAGCUGUGUAAGUCUCUUGAUCACAUGCAUAAAAAUGGAAUAUUUCACAGAGAUGUGAAACCAGAAAACAUAUUAAUAAAGCAGGAUCUUCUGAAAUUAGGUGACUUUGGGUCAUGUAGAAGUGUUUAUUCUAAGCAGCCAUAUACAGAAUAUAUUUCUACUCGUUGGUACCGGGCCCCUGAGUGUCUCCUUACAGAUGGAUACUAUAGCUACAAGAUGGAUAUGUGGAGUGCUGGCUGUGUGUUUUAUGAAAUCAUGAGUUUGCAGCCUCUAUUUCCUGGAGCUAAUGAACUGGACCAAAUCUCCAAAAUCCAUGAUAUUAUUGGCACACCUCCUCAGAAAACUCUUAGCAAAUUCAAACAGUCAAGAGCUAUGAGUUUUGAUUUUCCUUUUAAAAAGGGAUCAGGAAUCUCUCUGCUGACAUCGACUUUGUCCCCUCAGAGCCUUUCUUUGAUCUAUGCAAUGGUAGAAUAUGACCCAGAUGAAAGAAUCAGUGCCCACCAGGCACUGCAGCAUUCUUACUUCCGAGAACAAAGGGUGGCAGAGAAGCAAGCUCUUGCAGCCCGCAGGAAAGCAGGAAUGACAGAGCAUACAGGAGAAGCGGAAUCAUUCAAGAACGUUUGGCAGAUUACAAAGGAAGGUAAAAAGCAGAGACAAUAUCUAAAGCAAGCUGAAGAGCACCCAGAAAGGCAGGGAUCUACUUAUCCUGUGGAACUACCCAAACUGAAGGUGCCUGGAGUAACCAACCUCUCAUCCUACUCCAGCCCUACACUGCAUGCUGUCCUUAGUGGCUCUGGGACAAAUGGAAAAGUGCCUGUCUUAAAGCCUCUGAAAUAUAUUGGAACAAACAAGAAGACAGAUACACAGAAGGACAUUAAGUCUAACAUGAAACAAUACCAUUUGCCCACGAUAGAAAGGAAAAGUGGAGGAUACUGA